UCCUUGAUACUUCCGGUUACCGAAACAGAAAAACCCGCAAUUUUCUGAUUUUUAGUAAAGAACAUUCUAUUCGGCUGGUAACUAAAUAGGCUAUGCCAAAAUCCAAGGAAUUCAUCUCGGACUCUGAAUCAGACUCCGAUAAUGAAGCACCUAAGAAAAAGAAAACAAAAGUAGAGAAAAAAGUAGAAAAGAAGGAACCUCCAAAAGCAGCUGCAAGCUCUGGCCCUGGAAAAUCUGGAGAAAGAACUUUCCAGAUUUCAAGAAACCGAUGGGUAUCAGUUAGUGAGUUUAGAGGCAAAGUUAUGGUAGGAAUCCGGGAGUUCUAUGAGGCUGAUGGUGAAUUAAGGCCUGGAAAAAAAGGUAUUUCUUUACCUCUAGACCAAUGGGAAAAGUUAAAGAACCAGUUUGAUGAUAUUAACGAAGCUGUGAGGGAAAUGAAUAAAUGAAAUUGACAAACAAGAACAGCCCUUAAAAGACAGAUCAUUUGCUUAAGACUGAACAUUUGUUAAAGACCUAUUAUUUGUAAAGACCAUGGUCUAGUAUCAUGUUUUGUUCAACUUGAUAUACAUGUACAGAAAAAUAGAUUCUUCAAUUGUUUUAAAUACAAUGUACAAGUUGAUAAUGAGGAAAAGUUGAACUAUCACUGAAAUUCAAUAUGUUGUUAAACAUUUUUUUUGUAUAGGUUACAACUAGUAGUUAAUUGUACCACAUGGGUAGAAAGAUUUCAUGUAAAUGAAAAAAGUAUGAUUUUUAUUGUUAAAAUGAAAUUAAUUGGAAAAUUUCUUCAGACUAAGUUAUGAGAAAAUUUAUAAUGAUUUAUAUAUUCUAGCCAUUCUUUUUGUAUGUCAUUUAUUCUUGGGUGCUGACUACAGUGACCUGCCUCAUUUUUACUGCCUUUGUUGUCGUACAUGUAGUUGUGGAGUGUCUCAUACUAUCUCGAAUGGUGUCAUGAAAAUAAUAAAAUUAUUUUUGCACAUUA